GAUGCGGUCAGGUAGAAAGCAGAGCGCCUCGUCUCGGGAUUUCGCUGGAGCAGCGGCAGGCUUUUACAGAUCACGUCUUCCUUAAACCACUGCCUUUUUAAAGUUUGCAUUACAGAAAUCAGUUGCUCUGUUUUUUGUAUGCAAUAUUGUUUCUUUAUCCGUUUUUUUAUUUCACAUUGUGUUUGAUGCCAGGCGUUAAUUUACAGUUUGAAAUGCAAAUUAGAGAAAGGAGUGUGAUGAGGAAGAUUGUUCGCCUGGCUGUUAAUUUGCCAUUGCAGGGAAGUUAAUAAUAAAUUGAAUUUCAGGCGUCCUUGCUUAGGCAGCACCGUUUCAGGGGUAAACUGUAUGGGAAAAGGUUUCAGUCUCUGGACUCCUCGAUUGUAUGCAACUUAUUACGAAUAAUUGGUCUGAACGGUGCUUUUGAUUGCGGGUUGAUUUUUUUUUAAUACAAACAAAUCUGAUUGCGAUGUAGUUACUAUUUUUAUUCGUGUUUCGUAACGAGGAGGCACAUGGAAAGGUUUUCUCUAUCAUGUCUGAGGACAGGGCAGGGGAUUAGUAUGCGGAUUAUGUUUUGGUGGUUGUACUAAUUUGCUUUAAUGACAGUUUUUCCCGUUAAAAUUUCCGUCUAAUCUAGAUCUAAUUUUAGUUGUUUUCUACUCGUUUGAAAGAAAAGUUUUAGAAAAGUUUUUAUUUAAUUCGUAACCUAGUUUAAUUAGGAAAUCGAUAAGGAAAAGAAAAUUUCUUAGUACAUUUUUCUAUCAUUUCUUUAACACAAUCUAUAAGCAAUAUAUACAGAAAAUGAAACAUUUAAGAAAUAAGUAUACAGUUGUACAAAGGGGAGAUUUUCAGUUGCACGAAUGAAGCACAUACUUUGUAAUUUGUACCAAGAUUUAAUGCCAAGUUAAGGUAAGACCAUACAGUUCUGAGAAUAUCGUUUAGGCUGUGGUUGGGCUGCAGCUUUGACAGUUAGAUAGGUUUGAGGGCUGUGAAAUGGCAGACAGGACAGCUCCGCGCUCCCAGCUCAGACUGCAGUGGAUAUAUGGCUACAGGGGACACCAGUGCCGCAACAACCUGUACUACACGGCCAGCAAGGAGGUGGUGUACUUCGUGGCUGGGGUUGGCGUGGUUUACAGCACCAGGGACCACAGCCAGAAGUUUUUCCUGGGUCACAAUGAUGACAUUAUCAGUCUGGCUUUGCACCCAGACAGAGUGCAGGUGGCCACCGGGCAGGUUGGGAAGGACCCGUUUAUAUGCAUAUGGGACAGUCACACGGUGCAGACGCUGUCCAUCCUGAAAGACGUGCACACCCACGGUGUGGCCUGCCUGGCUUUCCACUCUGACGGGCAGAGGUUGGCCUCUGUGGGCCUUGAUGCCAAGAACACGGUGUGUGUGUGGGACUGGAGGAGAGGCAGGGUGCUGGCCUCAGCCACCGGUCAUGUGGACAGGUUCUGGUCUCUCUGUGGAAAUGCACUGACCCCCAAAAGGGGUGUCUUUGGGAAGAUGGGGGACCUGCAGACCAUCCUGUGCCUGGCCUGUGCCAAGGACGAAGUGACAUACUCAGGGGCACUGAAUGGGGACAUCUAUGUGUGGAAGGGGCCCAAUCUGAUGCGCACCUUGCAGGCCGCGCAUGGGGCGGGGAUUUUCAGCAUGUACGCUUGUGAGGAGGGCUUUGCGACCGGCGGACGUGAUGGCUGCAUACGCCUGUGGGACGUGGACUUCAAGCCCAUCACUAAAGUGGACCUGAGGGAGACCGAGCACGGGUACAAAGGCCUCUCCAUUCGCAGUGUGUGCUGGAAGGCAGAUCGCAUCCUGGCAGGCACCCAAGACAGUGAGAUCUUCGAGGUGAUGGUGCAGCACCGCGACAAGCCACUGCUCAUCAUGCAGGGCCACUGCGAGGGCGAGCUCUGGGCACUGGACGUGCACCCAAAACAGCCACUGGUGGCCACCGGCAGCGACGACCGCUCAGUGCGCCUGUGGAGCCUGACGAGCCGGACGCUGGUCGCACGCUGUAACAUGCCGCAGGCAGUGCGCAGUGUGGCCUUCAGCGGUGACGGCGUGCAGCUGGCUCUGGGUAUGAAGGACGGCUCCUUCACGGUGCUCCGAGUCAGGGACAUGACAGAAGUGGUCCACAUCAAAGACAGGAAGGAGGUGAUCCACGAGAUAAAGUACUCUCCUGAUGGCACGUACCUGGCCGUGGGCUCCAACGACGGCGUGGUCGACAUCUACUCUGUGUCGCAGCGCUUCAAGAAGGUGGGCGAGUGCAGCAGGUCAUGCAGCUUCAUCACGCACCUGGACUGGUCUAUGGACAGCAGGUUCCUGCAGACCAACAGCGGCGCAGGGGAGCGGCUCUGCUACAAGAUGCCGGCUGGGAAGCAUCUGCUCUCCAAAGAGGAGAUGAAGGUGGUACACUGGGGGACCUGGUCCUCAGUACUUGGAGCUGAGGUGAACGGGAUUUGGCCCAAGUACACCAACGUCAACGACAUCAACUCUGUGGAUGCCAACUACGAGAGCGCUGUUCUGGUGACGGGGGAUGAUUUUGGUCUAGUCAAGCUUUUCCGGUUCCCCUGUGUGAAAAAAGGUGCAAAAUUCAAGAAGUAUAUUGGCCACUCUGCCCAUGUGACCAAUGUGCGCUGGUCACAUGACCUACAGUGGGUGCUGAGCACUGGUGGGGCGGACCACUCGCUCUUCCAGUGGAGGUUCCUGCCCGAGGGGAUCAUGAACGGUGUCUUAGAACCACUUCUCCAAGAGGGCUACGCCAACUCCAACAGCGAGGAGUCCGACUCCGAACAGUCUGACGUUCCCGAGCUGGACUCGGAUAUUGAGCAAGAGGCGCAGAUGAGUUACGAGCGCCAGGUCUACAAGGAUGACCUUCCUCAGCUGAAGCAGCAGAGCCAGGAGAAGAAUGAGCUGACUGGUUUGCUGAGACGCCAGAAGGCACCAGAAGAGGGCCUCCGUCUGAAGUUUGUUCAUGGGUACAGGGGCUCUGACUGCAGGAACAACCUGUUCUACACGCAGGGCGGCGAGGUGGUGUACCACGUUGCUGCAGUGGCCGUCGUCUAUAACAGGGAGCAGCACACACACCGUUUCUAUCUGGGCCACAACGAUGACAUCCUGAGCCUGGUCAUACACCCCCUCAAAGACUACGUGGCUACUGGACAGGUUGGCCGCGACGCCACUAUCCAUAUCUGGGAUGUUCAGACCCUGAAGUGCCUGUCGCUCCUCAAAGGUCAGCACCAAAGAGGGGUGUGUGCGCUGGACUUCACAGCAGAUGGGAAGAACUUGGUGUCUGUAGGCAUUGAUGACAGUCACACCAUUGUUAUCUGGGACUGGAAGAAGGGAGAGAAACUGGCGUCCACUAGGGGGCACAAGGAGAAGCUGUUUGUAGUGAAGUGUAACCCCUUCCGCAUGGACAAGCUGGUGACCGUGGGCAUGAAGCACAUCAAGUUCUGGAGCCACGCAGGUGGGGGCUUGACCUGCAAGCGGGGCCUGUUUGGAAACCUGGGCAAGCUGGAGACCAUGAUGUCGGUGUGCUAUGCGCGCUCAGAGGAGCUGGUGUUCUCUGGGGCAGCCACGGGAGACGUGUACGUGUGGAAGGAGACCUCGCUCAUAAAGACCCUGAAGGCACAUGACGGGCCCGUCUUCGCCAUGUACUCCCUGGACAAGGGAUUUGUAACCGGAGGCAAAGAUGGGGUGGUGGAACUUUGGGAUGACAUGUUCGACAGGUGUCUGAAGACCUACCCCAUAAAGAGAGCGGCACUGUCCCCCGCAUCCAAAGGGCUGCUGCUGGAGGAUAACCCCUCUAUCCGUGCCAUUACUGCAGGGCGGGGCCAUAUCCUGGUGGGAACCAAGAAUGGAGAGAUACUGGAAAUCGACAAAAGUGGCCCCAUGACUCUGCUGGUUCAAGGUCACAUGGAAGGGGAGGUGUGGGGCCUGGCCGCCCACCCUCUGCUCCCCCUGUGUGCCACCGUGAGUGACGACAGGACGCUGCGCAUCUGGGAGCUGUCUAACCACCGCAUGGUGGCAGUGCGUAAGCUGAAGAAAGGAGGAAGGUGCUGUGCCUAUUCCCCAGAAGGCAAAGUCUUAGCGGUGGGCCUCAACGAUGGCAGUUUCCUAGUGGUAAACGCCGAUACCCUGGAGGACAUGGUCACGUUCCACCACAGACGGGAGAUGAUCUCCGAUAUCAGGUUCUCAGAAGGUUCUGGAAAAUACCUUGCAGUGGCUUCCCAUGACUCCUUUGUGGAUAUCUACAAUGUUCUGACCAGCAAGAGAGUGGGCAUCUGCAAAGGGGCCUCCAGCUACAUUCGCCAUAUUGACUGGGACGUCCGGGGAAAAUUGCUGCAAGUUAAUUCAGGUGCCAAAGAACUGCUAUUCUUCGAAGGCCCCAGAGGGAAAAGACAGACACUCCCAUCUCCUGAGAUAGAGAAAAUCGAAUGGGCGACCUGGACCUCCGUGCUGGGGCCCUCGUGCGAGGGCAUCUGGUCCAUUCACUGUGACAUCAACGCCACAUCCCUCACCAAAGAUAAAAAGCUGCUUGCUACCGGCGACGACUUUGGCUUCGUGAAGCUGUUUGCAUACCCAGCCAAGGGUCAGUCUGCCAAGUUUAAGAAGUACAUAGCUCACAGCGCCCAUGUGACCAACGUGCGCUGGUCACAUGACGACACCUCACUGCUGACCGUGGGCGGGUCCGACACAGCCCUCAUGAUCUGGGCCCGGGAGCCUUCUGGGAACUGGGAGAACAAGCCAGUGGACAGCGAGGAGUCGGACGCAGACGCAGAAGAGGAUGGGGGGUAUGACAGUGACGUGGCCCGCGAGAGAAGCCCCGCCUACACCCCCAAGGUGUCUGCGGCCAGCGUCCGGGAGAUGUGUGGCGUCAAGCCACCCCAGCAGCAGCGGGAUGUGAUACUGGAGGAGAGGCUUCCUGUCAGCAGAGCCACCCCGCUGCCUGAUAAACUGCAGAAGAACAAUGUUACCAAGAAGAAAAGGCUGGUGGAGGAUCUGGAGCUGGAGCACGUGUUUGGAUACAGGGGAUUCGACUGCCGAAAUAACCUUCACUACCUGAACGACGGCGCUGACAUCAUCUUCCACAUGGCCGCGGUGGCUGUGGUACAGAACCUCAGUACAGCGGCUCAGAGCUUCUACCUGGAGCAUACAGACGACAUCCUUUGCCUGACUGUGAACCAGCAUCCCAAGUUUCAGAACAUUAUAGCCACUGGACAGAUAGGUGAUGCCCCAGAGCCACCAGGCACCACCCCAUCCAUCCAUGUGUGGGACGCCGCCACCAAGGAGACCCUGUCAAUCCUGCGCUGUCCGCAUGGCAAGGCCGUCAGCUAUGUCAGCUUCAGUGCCACGGGGAAGCUGCUGCUGUCCGUGGGGGUGGAGCCUGAACACACCAUCACAGUGUGGCGGUGGCAGGAAGGAGCCAGAGUCACCAGCAAAGCUGGCCACGUCGACAGAAUCUUUGUGGUGGAGUUCAGGCCUGAUUCCGACACGCAGUUUGUGUCCGUGGGGAUCCGGCACAUCAAGUUCUGGACCUUGGCGGGAGGGUCUCUGAUCUACAAGAAGGGCGUCUUUGGCUGCCUGGAGAAUGGCAAGAUGCAGACCAUGCUGUCAGUGGCCUUUGGUGCUAAUAACCUCACAUUCACGGGUGCCAUUAACGGCGACGUGUACGUGUGGCGUGAGCACCUGCUGGCGCGAGUCGUGGCCAAGGCGCACACUGGGCCGGUGGUCAGCAUGUACACCACGCUGAGGGACGGGCUCAUCGUCACCGGGGGCAAGGAGAGGCCCACUAAGGAGGGUGGGGCGGUGAAGCUGUGGGACCAGGAGCUGAAGCGUUGCAGGGCCUUCCAGCUGGAGACGGGCCAGCCGGUGGAGAACGUGAGGUCUGUGUGCCGGGGGAAGGGGAAGAUACUAGUAGGAACAAAGGAUGGAGAGAUCAUGGAAAUUGGAGAGAAGAACGCAGCCUGUAACCUCAUGACCAAUGGACACACGGAGGGAAGGAUAUGGGGUCUCGCCGCCCACCCUUCCAAAGACAUGUUCAUCUCAGCCAGCGAUGACGGGACCAUCCGCAUCUGGGACCUGGCUGACAAGAAACUGCUGAAUAAAGUGAGCCUUGGCCACCCAGCCAAAUGUGUGAGCUACAGCCCAGACGGCGAGAUGGUGUCUGUCGGCAUGAACAACGGCGAGUUCAUUGUCCUCACGGUCAGCUCGCUCACUGUGUGGGGCAAGAAGCGCGACCGCAGUGUCUGCAUCCAGGACGUCCAGUUCGGUCCGGACAGCAAGCUGCUGGCAGUGGGCUCGCUGGAGAACACGGUGGAUUUUUAUGACCUGACGCUUGGCCCCUCGCUCGGCCGCAUCGGCUACUGCAGGGACAUCCCCAGCUUCGUCAUCCAGAUGGACUUCUCUGCUGACGGAAGAUACCUCCAGGUGUCCACAGGAUGCUACAAGCGUCAGGUGCAUGAGGUCCCCACAGGGAAAGUGGUAUCAGAGCCGUCUGUUACAGACAAAAUCACAUGGGCCUCCUGGACCAGCACCCAAGGAGAUGAUGUGCUGGGAAUCUGGCCCCACAAUGCGGAAAAGGCCGAUGUGAUCUGCGCCUCCGUCUCCUGCUCCGGCCUCAACGUGGUCACGGGAGACGACUUCGGCCUCGUCAAGCUGUUUGACUUUCCAUGCACUGAGAAGUUUGCCAAACACAAGCGGUACGUCGGCCACUCAGCUCAUGUGACCAAUGUUCGUUUCUCCUACGAUGACAAAUAUGUGAUCAGCGCUGGGGGUGAUGACUGCAGUGUUUUUGUGUGGAAAUGCCUGUAGUGACUCCGGCCUUGUGCUACAGCGUCUGUCCCUGGCAGCACAGCGACAUCACAGGAGGACACGCUGAUGAAUACCUCGAUUUUACGCAGAUGUGCCAUGUCGGGCUCCUGACGGGACAGAGGUCUCCCCGUGUUUGCUGCCAUUAUAAAUCACAAAGUAUUUCCCUAGCCAGUAAAAACCUCAAGUUUACGUUUCACUUCACAGAAGGCUGACAGGACCUGUUAAGGGGCAGUGUCUUGGGCAGAUAAAUUCACCUACCUGCUGUACCAAAACUACUGUUUUCAUCAGUAGAUAAGUGCCUUUAAAAAGUAAAAGUGAUUUUUAUAUGUUUAAAACUCAGUAUAAGAAAUCAUUGUGAGGUGUAUUUUGGUGCUAUCAAAUAUUAAACUGAGGGCUAUAAUGAGUUUCAUCAUAGAGACAUAAAACCUCAGAAGCCUUUUCAGGCAUGUGUACUGUUGUUUUGGGGGUGAAGAGCAAUGAAUAGCAACCUACAGUCUAUGUUAGAUGUGUUUCAGUAUACGUCAACGGAUGUGUAGAAGUACAUUUGAUUAUAAAAUUAGAUUAAGAAAAGUAUUAAUGUGAUGACCAAGUUCCUAUCCCUAUAACAUAUACAGUGGUACCUUGGUUCUCGAACUUAAUCCGUUCCGGACUCCGGAUCGAAUCCUAAAAAGUUCUGAUUGAAUUUUUCCCAUAAGAAAUAAUGGGAAACCAAUUAAUUG